AUGGGAGCAGUAUGCUAUAAACCAAAGCCUGCCACGAUCACUUAGGCUGAUAUAUUGAAAGCCUUGAAUGACAAGCACCUAAAGGAUUGUAUUACCGAGCCAGAUGGAGUUAAGACUCUUAAGACUGAUGAGUAGUAUAGUAAUAAUUUACUGACUUUUGGUACGAUUACUUAAAUCCAUAACUAUGACACAAAUGACCUCACUCUAACUUAGUAAUCAAAUUAAAAGAAGUAGAGACGCAGAUCUAGACUAGCAAAUUUAAAUCCAAAUUUCGGGGGGCUCGGCCAAUUAGAAUUGAAUAUACUGACGUACUAUGGAUGUAAGGAUGAAAUAUAUGAAACCCUAACAAUGAUGUCUAGAAAAUCACUUUAUUUCUUGAAAAGGAAUUAUAAGAGUAUUGAAGCUAAUCCUAAAAUUAGACACGCUAAUGAGAGAAUUAAAUUUAUCUAUACAAAGCAAAUAGAAGAGCACACAUCAGGUGUUAAUCAGCUAAUUAGGAUAAAUGAUAAGGAGCUUGUAACAGCGAGCGAUGAUUGCUUCAUGAAAUUUUGGACUUCUAAUAACAUGAAAGCUGAGACAUCAAUACCUACUGAAACUAUAACCUGCAUUGCAGUCACUGGUGGAACUAAUCCAAAGUAAAAAGACAUAUUGGUAGCUGGUUGUCAUUCAGGUAACCUGCUUAUAGUAAGUACAAUCACAAAGUCUAAAAAGGAGCAGAUAAACAACGCUCAUUACAACUUAAUUAGGGUAAUUGUUUCGUUAGAAGCUUUGAAAAAUAAAUAUUUUGUGACAGCUGAUGUUUGUGGAAUUGUUAAAGUGUGGACAUCAAGUUUCAAGCCUACUGAAGUCAUGGAGAUCUAGCAAGAUGGUGCCAUAUCGUAUAAUAGUAUGAUAGAAGUGAUGGAUAUAUUGCCGAAGAGGCAGAGUUAUGAAGACACAGCUAUUAUUGCUUGUGCUCUUAAAUCUCAAAAGAUUAAUAUUAUUCUGUUGAUACCUCAUUCAGCUAGCUAUUAACUAAUAAAAACUUUAAAAACCUAGCAAAAGCCUACUUGCUUGAUUCAGCUUACUAAUAAACAUUUGGCUAUAGCAGUAGGAUCGCUUAAAGAAGAAUCCUGUAUAGAAGUGCAUGAUGUUUUGAAAUCAAAGUUAAUGUCAAACUUAAAAGUGCACAAGGAUAUGAUAGACUCAAUGCUAAAAUUAGAAUUCAGACCUGAGAAAACUAAAAGUACGAAUCCCUAUAUUACUUGGUUUUUAUCAGCUAGCAGAGAUAGAUAGAUCGUACUAUGGAAGCUUAUUGAUGGUAAGAUUAUGAAGAGAUGCACUCAGCCAGUGUUAUAAGGAUCACCAACAAACAAGUCUACACUUCAAUAGACUCUGACUAAGCAAUUCGAGGGUAACAGAUCAGGCACUCAUAAAGGAUUAGAGAAGAAAAGACAAAGUCAGCCUAAGCAAUCUAAAAAGAAAAGAAGAGGAAGCUAAGAGGAUGAUGAGGACGAGGAUAAUGAUGAGGAUUUUAAUAGAAACAGAGAUGAAGAUAGUGACUUUGAUGCUAAUGAAAGGGAUGCCAUCCUCAGUUAAACUUAAAAGUUUGGCCAGAAUGAGGAAGAUAAGAGAGAUCUUUAAUCUUAACGAUUAAACUCAGAAUUUGGAGAGAACAGUUUUUCGACUCAACAAUAGCUGAUGUUGUAAACUUAGUAUCUGAAGAUGCAGGAAUCCUUGAUGGUAGAGCACUAUUACUCCUUCGACAGUGGGCACAAGGACUUCAUUAGGUCAAUGGCCUAGAUUAACAAUGGUAAUACAUUGGUUACAGCCUCUGAAGACAAACUUAUUAAGCUAUUUACAAUCACCUUCUGA